AUGCUCGGGCGGGCCCGGCUCCCGAUUGCCACUUUCUCGAGGGCCUCCCUUUUUGCCCGUCAAAUUCUGCCCUACCCUCAACUUCAACGAGUUCGCGCGAUGGCCACCGAGGUGGAGAAGGCGCAGACGGCGCAAAAGGGCGGCGACACGCUCUUCGGGAAGAUCAUCAGGAAGGAGAUUCCCGCCAAGAUCAUCUACGAGGACGAUGAUGUUCUCGCGUUCCACGACGUCUCCCCGCAAGCGCCGGUCCAUUUCCUCGUCAUCCCCAAGAAGCAUAUCCCGAGUCUCGAGGACGCUGAGGACAAGGAUGAAGCCCUCCUCGGCAAGCUGCUCCUCACCGCUCGUCGCGUGGCCAAGGAGCUGAAGCUCGACAACGGAUAUCGCACGGUAAUCAACAACGGGAAAGACGGCUGCCAGUCGGUGUUCCACAUCCAUCUACAUGUCCUCGGCGGUCGUCAGCUGCAAUGGCCACCCGGA